CUGGGGGUCGCUGAUACUGUGAAGGUUUAUUUUCUACUUUUUCGAUGAAAUGAAUAGAAAAUAAUGCCUUUAUUUGACGUUAUUGGACUUGGGAGUGAGAAACUUGCCGUUGUUAUCGACAUCGGAGCAGCCUACACAAAGUAAGAUGGUUCUGAUAUCGCAAAGGUUCCAGUUCAGUGAAGUGUUCAAGGUUUCAAGGAAUCAAACCAGAAGUUUACUGUACAGUAUUUUGGGUAGAGAAUUCAUUCCUGGGAGUGGUUUCCCUCUAAACAUUUAGAACAGUAAAACAUUGCAAAAUGGGCCAAAAUCAAUCACUAAAAUAUUGCAAAAUAUUUUUUUCAUUUUUGAUCGGAUUAAAUCCCCUUGAUAAAUUCCCUAUAAGUUUGGACAUAUUUUGAUUGAGUAACAAAAAAUUUAUUAAAUUGGGCUUAGUAUGACGGGCAGAAUAAUUAUGCAGAUCUCAAUUCGACUAGGGUGUCAUAAACUGAGGCUGACAGCAACUUUGAUCUGCAUUCUUAGCUUUAUGUCAUACUUAGCUUUAUUCAGUGAUUGUUAAUUAUAAAGAUAAGUGCAAAAACAUGUAGCAUACGUAUGUGUUAAUAUUUGUUUGCCCUUUUUGCAUUCCAUGGGCAGUGUAUUGGUGUUGUGAAUAAUGUGAUCACUAAAUGACACCAGUCAAGAGAUUCAAAGCACUGCAUAGUAACUACGCCACAGAACAAUAGUUACCAACAACAGUUUCCCCCAGACACUCCUAUUCUAUUGUUCUAUAUACAGUGGAACCUUGAUACAACAAUGGGUCAAGGGACUGACCAAAUGCAUUUGCUUUUACAAGGAUUUGUUACUUUAUAUCAAAUUGUUUUCAUAUACUUUACUUUUUCUGGGGCAAAGAAUAUUCUUUGUUUUGCCUAGGACUUGUUUUAUAGGGUUCAUUAUAUAUCAAGGUUGCUUUGUAGUUUGUUUUUAUUUUACAUCAUUUUUAUAUGUGCCUGUCAUUUUCGUACACCACAUGUAAACUUUGUUGCCUCUCUUUUAUUCAGAUGUGGUUUUGCCUCUGAGACAAGUCCCCGUCACAUCAUCCGCAGUGUGCUCACACAUACCAUAAAUGGACAGGUGAGUUUCCAUAGAAACACAACCAGUAUGCGGCCAAUUUCAAAUGGUUAGGAUGCUAAAGUUAGAUACAUAUCCAGAAGUAGUCAAUGGUUAUUAUUAAAAUAUGUUCAAUGCAUUUUAUGAUAGGUAUUUUUCCUUGGGUGAUACUUUGUGUUUUCUUGCUCUCGUGGAAUACAUUUUUUGGUGUUUGCUUAGUAUUUUGUGCUGUCCCAGUUGUGGUAUUUUCUGGUAACAGUUAUUGAAACAUGCAAAACACAGUCAAACCCCGUUUACGGACAGCCGCUUAAUACGGACACCUCAUUAUUACAGACAGUUUGCUUUGUCCUUGGGCAAAGAAAGCCCUUAGAAUUACAUUUUCUCUAAAUUCAACCCACUUAAUACGGACACUCCAUUAGUGUGAAUGCUUUCUAUGGCCCCCUUAGUGUCCAUAUUAAUGGGGUGUGGCUGUACCUUAGCCAAAUGCUUUUUCCUGACUCUUCUUAUGUGCUGAUAUGUGGAUUUGUACCCUGAAGUGGUCAAAAACUGAAGUUUGUCUUUCUCAGUGACUGUUGUUGCAAGGACUACUCAACCUCAUUCUCAGGAUUGUCUCCUACUCGUCCAGCAAGUAGGAGAGAACCCUGGGAGCAAGGUCUAUGACUUCUAUGAUCGCUGCAAUCAUCGAGAAGUUGAUUUGAUUCCAUAUAAUCUCUAAGAUCAGCCUAAAGUUCCUUGCUCAUUGCAGUUAUGAUAAUACUCAGCCAAUAUAACUCAGGAGUACAGACUACUUGUUAGUAUUAUUGAGAGAGCUUGGUAUGAGUAUGUCAAUGUACUGCCAUCUUCGUACAGUACACUUCACAUAUUUUUUCAUAUCUUGUAAGAGUCUGCAGAAUAGAGCUCUUUUUAUUGGUACCUCUGAAGCUAUCUUUUCAACAGAUUUAAAAGUUAGAGGUGACCAGUUAGAUAUUUUUCUGGUGUGUUCGUGUAUCAAAAUUCACCUCUUAAUAAACUGACUUGUGUCUUAAAUUUAGACAGAGACAGUUAGUGUUGUGACCAAUGAACAAGACAGAAACCCUGAUGAAUUGUAUGCAGUCUUAAGAGACUUUCUCCAUCAGAUAUAUUUUCGGUAAGUUACUAUUGUAGCCUGACAGUUGCCUUCAGUCAAUGCCCCAGACUAGGCACUUCAAUUCCAAACAGUAGCUGAUGCAUGACUGAAUGUUAUUGUUUUGUCCAGGAAAUCAGUCCAUAAUUGCUGCUUAAAUAAUGUAUGACAAUGAUAACAGAAAAUAAAACUAUUAAUUAAUAUUUUUUCAAUUAAAAAUAAAUAAAUAAAUAAAUAAAUAAAUAAAUAAUGAUUUUGGAGGUAGCACAUCCACAAAGUGGUUCUUUGUCUACCUGAUUCCUGGUCGAAUUGGAAUUUGGAAAUGUUGGUUUUUUGAGGAGAGGGGAAAACCAGGGUACCCAGAGAAAAACUUCUCGGAGCAAAGAAGAGAGCCAACAACAAGCUCACCCAACAUAUGGUGUCGACGCCAGGAUUUGAACCUGGGCCACAUUGGUGGGAGGCGAGUGCUCUGACCAUUGCAUUAUCCCUUGCUCCCCAUUGAGCAUCAUCAGAGCUGUCAUCAGCCUUCCAAUUUUCAGCCUUUGAUUUCUUAUAAAUAAACUGAAUUAUAAGAUACAUGUAUUAAUAAUAAUAUGAAACAAAUUCAUGUACAGUGUAACUGUAUUGGCUAUUUAUUAAGUGAUUUUUCAUUCAAUUCCCAUCAAAUGAUUUCUGUGCUUAAUUUUUUUUCUCAUUCUCUCUUUAGAUACCUUCUUGUCAACCCUCGAGACAGAAGGGUUAUUAUCUGUGAGUCUGUCCUCUGCUCAACACUUUGGAGAAAUGCUAUCGCCAAAGUUCUUUUCAAGCACUUUGAGGUGAACAUGGUUAAUCCUUCAAUGAAACUUACGGAAAACAAGGCUGUGUGCAUUAAUUUUAUGCUAAAAAAUUAAUGUACACAAAUUAUUUAAUUCUAUGAGUAGCUUGCAAUACUAGCAUCUUUUGAGAAAAAUUCUUAAAGAAAACUUUAUAGAAAAAAAUAGAGAAAAUGUUUUGCUGAAUAAAUAAAUGAUAAUAAAUACUGUCAUUAUUGUUGUACAUGUAGCUUUGAACAAAACAGUACAGAUAAAAAAUGUGCAAUAUAUAUUUGAGGACUUUAUUGGUUAAUUUUGAAGCCCUAGUUUAUAGUCUGUGCUUUUUCUGUCCAUUCACCAGGUACCUUCGGUUUUGUUUGCACCUCAUCAUCUGUUAGCUCUGUUCACCCUUGGUGUACCAUCAGGUCUUAUUAUGGACUGUGGCUUUACAGAGACCGUAGUCUUACCAAUAUCCUUUUAUGAUAGACAAAUAGACGGUGUCAUCAAUAUGGUAGCAAUACACCAUACAUACUGCAAGCACAUCUUUUAACCAUAGUUUUGACCAUCGGAAGUCAGAGAAUAUAGCCUGUUCCAGGCGUUCAGAUGGUGGGGAGCGAGUUAAAUCGUAUGCAGCGAGCGCAAAAAGAAACACAAGGGAAAAAAACGAGGGGAGACUUUUGCCGCCCUAUUUUUUCCCUCGUCAAGUUUUCACCCACGCCCAACUAAUUUUUCGCUUCUGCCACUCCUUCUGAAUGCCUGGAACAGGCUACAGAGAAUACAAUAUUUUAGCCAUAGUUUGAUAAAUUAAGCCCAUCUUCACAGGAGUAUACAUGUAUUACAAUAGCCUGUUACAGGCAUUCAGGUAGUUAGCACAAAGUAAAGAUAGCAAGGAAAAGUAGUGGGGAGGUUGGGGUGAGCAGUGAGGUUCCCUCUUCUUUCUCCCCCUCCCCCGUUUUCAUUUUUUCGCGCCCCUUUUUAAUUUAUGCUGCUCCCAACUAUCCAUGGAACAGGCUAGUACGUAUUACAAUAAAAUCAUCCAUGAAGUCAUUGACAUCAUGGAAUGUUUGUUGUUUCAAGACCAUUCACAAUAAAGAACAGAAAAUAAAAAAAAUUGAGGCAUACACAAAAUUGAUAAAUUCCCUAAACAAUGUCAUCUACUAGCUUUCAUAAUGCUUCUACCCGGUACAGUAAUACUUCUGAGCUUUGAGAAGUGCAUGUCUUGAGCACGGUCAGAUCUGCCUAUUAUUACCUUUACAUGUACUUCUGAUUAUUGUUUUCUUAACACUCUGCUGCUGUUGGUAUUACGUCUUUGAGGGUACUGCUAUUCUGAAAGCUGUGCAAACCAUUCCCCUUGGAUCGAAAGCUAUUCACAAGUAAGAUUAUUAAUCCAGGACAGUAUGUGAGUGGUUUUUAAUGUUUAGCAAGAAUUAAAUCAUUCUGUUAAUACUGCUCUUUUCUAAAACACUCAAUUCUGAAGUUCAAAACCCAACUAAUGUUUGCGUUUUCCACUGCCAUCAAUCAUCUUAGCAGACCUCUUAGGAAACAUAAUUAUGUUUUUUUGAACAAGUUCGAAAGGUCUUGGUUUCUGAUUUGUGAUUGGUGGAUUUCAAUCUGCUCUGUAUGUUUCUGUCUUUCAAAGUUCAUUGCUUGUGAUUGCAAUAAAAUGAUUGACACCAGCAAAAAACAGAAAAGUAAGCUGGCUUUUAAAUUUAGAAUUUACGUGUUAUUGAAAAGCACAGUAAUGAAACCAACUAAGAUACCCAUUGAUAGCAUUUUAUUGUGUGAUGUGGAUAAUCACAUAAUAGUAGAACAAAGAUUAAUGGUUCACUAUGCUUAUUUGUCAGGCAUCUAGAAGAGCAGCUCAUGGAAAGAAGCCUUGUUCAAAUAGAAACAGGAGUAAAACCUUUGUCAUCAGUAGUGAGUGAGUGCAAAGCUGUUGUUGAAGUGUUGACCUUCUGAUAGAACAUUUAAUGGUGCUAAGUAAGGUUUAAAAGCUAGGCAUCAAGUUGGACAUGAGAACAUUAUUUAAGUUUAGCGCAAGGAAAAAAAAAUUAAGUUAACCACUCUACAAUAGUAAUUGUGUUAAUUCAGAAAUUUUUAAGACACUGAAUAUGCAGAAGAAACGUUGAUUUGUUUGAUGCAGAUCUGUAGACAAAAUACCACACUUCUGAUCUUUACUGUUUUAAAUUUUUUGCAGACUCUCUUGGAAAUGAAACUUUAGAAGACAUAAAAGGUGAGAUUAUUUAACUUUCAUUUAAUUUAUCACAAUUGAAACCGAAACAUCUUUUAUGGAGUGCUAUUAAAAGGAUUUGAAUAGUGUGAAACAGGGCUGUCAUUAAGAGCCAGGGGCCGGGGAUUUUCCCAAGCUAUCAUGAACGUGGCCCCAGGCUUCUUUCAUUGGAAAAUGGAAGAAAAGUUGAACCAAAAGAAACCCCUAGCUGUUUGAUUCCAUGCCUACUUGUUGUGUUUACCCGGCACUUGAAAUCUUAGUGACAGCCCUGUACAAUCAGCAAUCUAAACACAUGCACAGCAGCUAGUUCAUUAACUCUUAUGCUGAGGAGAAUUAAAAUUUGCGCAAACUACUGACAUACUGGAACGCUGCCAUUAUUUUACAUUAUUUUACUCUUUUCAGUGCGUACUUGCUUUGUGGCGCCAAAGUUUAGUGGCCCUGAAGGAGAGCCACGCCCAGCUUCUUUGGUUCCAAAAGUUGACUAUCCACUAGAUGGGGGUAGGAUACUUAGGAUUGAAGGUCAAAUCAGGUAAAAAAAGGAAAGUUAUCUUGUUGGUUAAUUUUAGAGUGCCACUUUGUGUUAGGGCUCGAAAAAAGUCUUGUCCGGUAGUCCAGGACAAGUAGAGUCUCUUGCUGGGCAAUUAACUUUUAAAGCUUACUUAACAAUGGGGCAAGGGUACAGGCAAGUCAUCCUCUAACGAAAUCAUUACCACGCCUUUCACAAACUCACAAACUCUAAAGUUCAGAAGCUAUCUUCACAAUUUCGUUUUUGCUGCUGUCAAUCAAAAUUAUGAUCACAAGCAAUGAACUUUGAAACACAGAAACACACAAAACGAAUUGAAAGCCACCAAUCACAAAUCCCCAACCAUGACCUUUUGAACCCAAUAAAGUAAAGUUCUGUCUCCUAAGAGGUCUGCUAAGAUGAUUGACGGCAGUGGAAAAUGCAAAUGUCAGGUGGCUUUUGAACUUCAGAAUUUGCUUGUUUUUGAAAAGCGCAGUAACUAAGAUGAGCAAGAAGAAGGCCCCCAGCAAACAAAAUGUGAGAGCUAAGAUUUUUUUGAACCCUGUGUGUUAACUGAGUCGCAGAGUUAAGGCUAAAAUCUUUUAUAAGCUGUAGAUUUUUAUGCAUUUCCAAAUAUGAAAACUCAGGGUUUGCAAAUACGCCAAAUUUGGCGUAUUUUACGCCAAAAUUGUUCAGAUGACUCCACUGAGGUUACGGAGGGAGUCACUUCGACUCCAGAAAUUUUCGGUAACAAACAGGGAGCCUGAAGCUGAGGUCUUUAAAAGCCAUUGUUUGUGUCAAAACAGGAAUAGAAAAAGCGUUGUUUAUGUUAAAUGCAAUUAACAUUUGCAACAUUUGGAAUUAAUUUAGUAGUUUUAAUUUCUUAAUAUGACGAGGACAAAACAGGAAGAGGGUAAAUUACAAUCAAAGUUUACUCGAAGACCGCCACCAUGGAUUUGAGCUUUCCAGGUCAGCGGACUGCCACAGCUACUUUGUGUAUCCCUCACGAUAGUGUAUACAUGCCAUGACCACGUGCUGGAAAGUCUGAAAAUGGCUUUUUUCGUUGUGAUACUUGACUCCAAAUAUUCCAAAAUGACUCCAAAAUUUGUGAAGCAGGAGUCACAGUGACUCCACUCAUCAAUAAAAUUUGCAAACCCUGAAAACUUUAAAUUUGGCUUAACUCUGGGUUAAUAUUAAAGCGGCUGGGGACACCUUUGGCUCAUUGUUAUGCAUUUUAAAAGUAAAAGGCGUUUGCACAAAGUACAAUGACUGCACAGGGGUAAAAUUGAACCUCUGCACCCAUUAUUCCUAAAUAUGAUUGGCAGCUUACCUUUUUGCUUACUUAUUUUUUCAGAGAACAGACAUUUGACAUCCUUUUUGAUGGUGAUGAAGAAGAAAAAUCCCUUGCAACCUGUUUGUUAGAUUCCUUACUAAAGGUACAAUGUACUUUCCAAUCUUGUCAAUGCUGCUGGGAUAGUUUGCCAAGAGGUUUUAGAAAAGAAAAUGACAUUUUCCUCCACAAUUUAAUAUACCCACAUAGAACAAUGUAAUUAGUAAUUUUUUCUUGUGUGGGGAGAUUGAAAUUAUUUUAAUUUGCCAAAAUAAACUGUAAUGGUAAUUUACUGUUUUUCCGUUUUUUUCUUACCUUUUAUAGUGUCCUAUUGAUACAAGAAAACCACUCGCAGAAAACAUAGUUCUUAUUGGUGGAACUGUAAUGACGCCAGGUUUCAAGUGAGUAAAAUAUAUCCCUGCCUUAAUCCAUUUAUAAAAUUAAUUUAAUAAAUUAUUAUUCUUAAUAUUCAUAAUUAUACAGGGAAAGAUGGAUCCUUCCACUUUUUUUUCAACCUUUGGCAUGGACCAGUUGGCAAAAAUCUGUCAACACUGCUACCAAGAGCACCUUAAAACUAGUAGAGGUGCCGAGUCCGAGAGUGAUAUUUUGACAAAUAAUGAAGAUAUACUAACUCGACAAAGUAGCUAAUCAAAUGAAGAAUGAUCCUCGCAGUUGUAAAUGCAGUUUAUGCGAUUGCAUAAGAAGCCUAUACAAUUUAUUUCAUAUACAUUUGUCACACUCAAGGUGGCUAAAUUUUACAGAUGUGUGGUGGGAGCACCAUACAAAGUUAUGUAAAUUUUUGUGAUUUUGCAAACAUGUAUCUUUGCACGAUUCAAAAGACAAAUAUAUCACUUUCAAACUAGGCAAGUUUAUAAGUUAUAGGCAAGUUUUUUUUAUAUCCCCUAAUGAUAAAAUUGGUCCCUAUAAUUAUCAAAACUUGAAAAUAACUGUGAAAGGGUUUAUUGUUAAACCCCUUGCAUUGGGAUUUUGAUUCAUCAGCUUUGAAGUCAGAAAUAUGCAUUUAAAUAAAAAUGAUCAUGUGGUAUACCAACCAGGACUGCAUAAGAUGUAGUGCACCAAAAUGCAAAGUGCUUAACAAAUCUUCUUCUAGGGUAAACUUACUUUAUCAACUUACACUUAUUUUAGAAUUAUUAUUGUCACAUGAGGCCAGUUGUUUGUAGGAUCUGUUCAGCUCAGGGAAAUUUGCAGUGUUCCUAAACCCCCUAAAUCAGUAGAUUUAUUAACACAAUCAACAAUGUACAGUCAAAUCCUGUUAAUACGGACACUGAGGAGGCCAUAGAAAGUUUCCGUAUUAAUAAAGGGGCAUCCAUAUUAAGUGGGUUGAAUUUAGGGACAAUGUAAGGGCCUUCUUACCCCAGGGACAAAGCAAACUGUCCAUAUUAUGUAACCCUUUAAGCCCCAAUGUCCACAUAUAAAUUCUCCCUACUGAUCUUCAUACCUUUCUUUAAAGAAUUAGUUGAGAGAGUUUGUUAACAGAUCAAAGCAUUUUUUCUUUAGUGAUCAUUUUAUUAACUCUCAUAACCAUUUCUCUUGGCAACAUAUGGAUAUAGUUAGGAGAAAAUUGAUGUUGGUCACUAUUGGGACUCAAAGGGUUAAGCGGGUGUCCAUAAAGCAGGGUUUAACUGUAGCUCUAAACUGGUUCUCCUGGUUAUUUUCACAGGCAUCGUCUCAUGCAAGAAAUCUACUGUUUACUUCAGUCCCCUCGGUACAAAGAGAAUUUGUUUAUGAAAACAAUAAAAAUGCACCAGACGCCCAUCAGUGCCAACUGUACUUCAUGGCUUGGAGGUGAAUAAUUUGAAUGAUUUUCAAACAUUAAUAAAAUUUAGGGCCUGUUUACAUGGAGGUGGGGGACCCCAGGUAGGUGAGGUAACCCGCUUAGGUGGGGUAACCCGCCUGUCCAUAUAAUCUCUCAUUUUAAUUUGAUCACGUUUACAUGAUAGCUGGGGUGACCCGCCAAAUGUUACCUCACCUACCUGUGGUCCCCCACCUCCGUGUAAACAAGCCCUAAGAAGAUGAAUUAAGGCAAAUGGUGUUGUGGAUGAGAGUACAACGGUUCGUGUCCUUAUACAUUUCCAGUAGCAGGGCUGUCACUAUGGGCAGGGGCAUGCUCCCUGGCUGCUAUAAGCAUGACCCCCAGCUACUUCCAUAGCAAACCAAAGGAAAUUAAUACCUAAUGGAUAUUCCCCGCCUUCUAAUUGCAUAAAACCCUGCAAUUUAGAACCUUUGUGACAGCCUUGCGGUAAGGUCAGCACUCCUGGCUGCAACUAUUAGUCAAUUUACGAGUUAACUAUAAUAACCCACCCUACACUGUACUUAUGGUAUCGGUGAAAAGGUGGUAGUGUUAUAGAGGUAGACCACACCACUGGGAAACAUCCCCUGUUCUUAUGAAAGAGAGUUGUACAUGUUCUUUCAAUGUAUAACAUAUCUUUUGGGGUUUUGGUGGUUUCUUUAAAAUGUGGCAAUAAAGGCCGGGGAGGGAAGGUAAGCCAAGGGGAUUUUGAUAAUUUUUAAAGGCAAUGGAACAGUUUCCCUUUCCUGGGGAUACCCCAGGGAGAAAAGGUUAAUGGCUUCUUGUCCCCACCUAACAACAUAUUAAUCUGAACUGAGAAAAGGGUCUUAGUGGUAUCGUCACUUCAUUUUUAAACUUCCAGGCUCCAGUUGUUCAAAAGGUGGAUAGCACUAUCCACUGGAUAAAUCACUAUCCAAUGGAUAACGCAAUUGGUUUUUCGUACUACUUAGCCACUGGUUAGUGAUUUAUCCGGUGGAUAGGGCUAUCUAACUCUUGAACAACGGAGGCCAGGAGGUAAAAUUAGGCACCCGCGUACCCAGCGUGUUUGUUCCCCUUGACCAGCAGUUGGGCCUUUGCAGUACAGGACAAGGACUAGAGGUGUGAGAUUGGAAAAUUAGGCCUCUGCAAUAACAGUUAAUUUUCUUUCUGCAGGUGCAAUAUUUGGUGCUCUGGAGGUCCUAGCAGACCGAUCCGUAACUAAAGAGAGAUAUGCACAGGAGCAAAAGAUUCCAGAUUGGGCUUCCUGUGAAGUUCAAGCCAUGGACAACAUCCCUAUUUUAGAUGAGCGACUUGAAAGACCUGUGCUGUCUCGUCGUCAAACUAGUGGCAUUACCAGCACUCUGAGUAGCAUAAGCAGCUCAUUAUCGAGUAGGCUUCUUAGUGGAGGCAGCCGCAGCCCUUUGGGGACAGGUUUACUUCAGAGGUCUUCGGGGUCACCUUCCUCAGGAACUUCUCCAAGUAUUAAGGAAAAUGAAAAGGAAGGCCAGAAAGAAUAGAAAUAAUGGCUAUUGUGAUAUCAAAUUACAAAAUUCAUGAAAAGGUUGACCCUGGUUUUGAUAAACAGUUUCAAAAGAGCUUAUUUCAGUACUGAAAAAUUCUUCAUAUUCAUCAGGUUCUGAUGAUGUAAAUUAUUUAAUUAUUUAAUUGCUACUUAAAGCAGCUGGUCCCUAAAAUGCAAAGAGAAACAACACACUGAUGUUUACAUUAGAAAGCAUUUUUACUUUGUAAGUAAAGCCAGUGUCAAACCUUUUUAUGUAUAAAAUAAUUAUUUUGGUUCUAUGAAUCCUGUCUGUACAUUAUACAUGUAUAUGUAAAUUUAAUGACAGUGGUUAUUAUGGAAUGUAGAUGUAGCAUAAUUGUUGUAACUAUAAAAUGCUAUGGACGAGUCAAUAAAUUUCUCUCUAGAUAGAUAUAAACUUUGUUGGGACUUUAAUGAGAAAGUAAAAAAAAUCGGGUUAUUUUCGACUUUCCAUGGAUAAAGCUCAUGAGUGCUGGUAUGCAGACUUAAUAAAUUUAUAAAAAUAGCUUUUAGGAUAGCCUGAGAAAACAGCCCACAUUUCGAGACCCCACCACUGGUUUCCCGCGAAAUGAUGUGUGAGGAAUGAGCACAAAAAUUACAUACUAAUGAUGUUUCACUACCCAGAUCUGGGUAGCACCU